AUGUUUAGUUGUCGUCUCAAAUGCAUGCUAUGUGCGUCGAUUUUAUGUCUAUUCUUGCCCAAACCCUUUAAUAGCCUAACGCUCUCACCGAGGAAAACUGAUAUUACUUUGACCAACGAUAAUACCAGUGUGUUGGAAAUCGCAGAGGAACUUGGUGCUACAACGUUUCUGGAAUACGUGCACAAAACAAACUUGACGAAGAACUUCACUCAACCAGGACCAUUGACUGUGUUUAUUCCAUCCAACCAGGCUUUUGAAGAAAUUCCAGAUGAAGAGAAGGACCUAUCUGUUAUCAAAACUUUAUUGCUGUACCAUAUCAUACAUGGCCUUCAUCCAAAAAGCACUAUUAAAAACGAGGCGAAAUUUAAAUCUGAAUACAAAAUGGAGGACAAGUAUCUUGACGUCCGUAUGAAUAUCUACCAUAAUGGACAGAUAAUAACAGCAUCUGGUAGUCCAAUUGUUAGUUUUGACAUAAAAGCUUCAAAUGGAAUCGUCCACUUCCUGUCACGUGUUAUGUACCUGCUUCCGGAAUCAGGAACACUCGCUCAACAGGCGUAUACUCCAAUCACACGUUAUGUUGGUUACGGAUUAAUGGAUGGCGGAUUAGCAGAAAAAUUAAACAAAAAAGAGCCGUACACACUUUUUGCUCCGACAGACUUGGCAUUCGAACAAUUACCCAACAAAACUAUGCAAAUACUAAUCGGAAACAAGACUGCCAUUCGACGUCUAAUGGAAAAUCACAUUGUUUCGGGAACAUAUUUCACAAAAGGAAUGAGAGAAAAGGACAAAUUUACGACCCUCCUCGGAGAGACAAUUCAAGUUGAUUCCAUUAAGGGUAAUGUGACCAUCAGUGGUGCGCUCUUACCACUUCCAGAUUUUACGGCAACCAAUGGCGUGAUGCAUUUAACAACAAAAGUCUUUGUUCCAGCAGAUUUCUUUUAGAUUUUCGUUUUUUAUUGAAUUUAAUUCAAUGGU